AUGACCCGGUCCGAGGUAGAUGCUCCCUGUCCGUGCCUCGACACAGGCUGGGACCAGUUCCAAGUGAUUGAGGGACGUGGGAUCACAGACAACAUUCAGAGAUUUUCCUCACUGCCACCGUAUCUACCUGUGAGCUACCAAGUCCUCAGAGCAGAGACUUUCUUCUUCCUAAAGGAAACCAACCCCAACCUGGGGCAGAAUGCCAGCCUGCAGGACAGGGUGGAGUCCUUCUUCACCUACAGAGCCAAACAGCCUCCAGUGUUAAAUGCAAGCUAUGGUCCUUACUCAACAGAGAAGGUGGUGCCUCUGGACUUGAUGCUCACCUCUGAGGUUUUAGGCUCAACCAGUAAAUUUACAUUUGACUGGAAACUGAAGGCCUACAUCCUGCGGGACAAGAUCUACCUGAGCCGGCCCAAGGUGCAGGUGCUCUUCUACAUCGUGGGCCGGGACUGGGAUGACCACAGGACCCCCGAGAAGCUGCCGUGCCUGCGGGUCUUUGCCUUCCGGGAGACCCGGGAGGUGCGGGGCAGCUGCCAGCUGAGUGGGCCCCUGGGGCUGUGCGUGGCGGAGCUGGAGCUGAUGUCCACCUGGUUCAGUGGCCCCUCGGUGGUGGCCGGGCGCAGGAGGCCCACAGAGCAGCACGAUGGGAGCCGCGUGGAGCUCUACUACACGGUGCAGCCGGGGGACGUGCGAGGGGACUGUGCUGGGGGCGAUGUCAGGAAGGGCAAUGCCAUCCGUCCAGGGAAGGAUGGGCUGGAGGACAGGAUGUCCCACCUGCACAGAAUUGGUACCGUCAGCCUUUACCGCACCGAGGACAGUGCCCAGCUCAGUGAACUGCGUUUGGAUGGCAAUGUGGUCAUCUGGCUGCCCUCACAGCCAGUUAAGCAAGGGGAUGUAAUUACCGCCUAUGUCACCAUCUCAAGCAACUCCACUGUGGACCUUUUCAUCCUGAGAGCCAAGGUGAAGAAAGGUGUGAACAUCCUGACCGCGCAAACCAGUGAACCCCGGCAGUGGGACGUGAAGCAGGAGGUGGGGAAUGGCGGGAAACACACCACCACCUCUGUGGCCUGCCAGCGCCUGGGCCCUGGAGUGCGCAACAGAAGCAGCAGUUUGUUCAACGAGGUUGUGCAGAUGAACUUUGAAAUCGCCAGUUUCAGCAGCCUGUCAGGAACUCAGCCUAUCACGUGGCAGGUGGAGUACCCACGGAAGGGGACCACGGACAUUGCUGUGUCUGAGAUCUUCAUAAGCCAGAAGGACCUGGUCGGCAUUGUCCCACUCGCUAUGGACACGGAACUCCUGAACACGGCCAUCCUCACUGGGAAGCCUGUGGCCGUGCCCAUCAGGGUGGUCUCUGUGGAGGAGAACAGCACAGUCAGGGACAUCUCAGAGCUGGUGGAGUGCAAGUCCACAGAUGAGGACGUCAUCAAGGUGUCUGACCGCUGUGACUACGUCUUUGUCAAUGGCAAGGAGAUAAAAGGCAAGGUGGACGCUGCAGUGAAUUUCACAUACCAGUACCUAAGCGCACCCCUGCACAUCACGGUGUGGGUGCCCCGGCUGCCCCUGCAGAUCGAGGUCUCCGACACAGAGCUCAGCCAGAUUAAGGGCUGGCGGGUCCCCAUCGUGGCCAGCAAGAGGCCCACGAGGGACAGCGAGGAGGAGGAGGAGGAGGAGCAGCGGGGCCGGGGCUGCACCCUGCAGUUCCAACACGCCACCGUGCGGGUCCUCACCCAGUUUGUGUCCGAGGGGGGCAGGCCCUGGGGCCAGCCCAGCCACCUGCUCAGUCCUGACUGGCAAUUUGACAUCACCCACCUGGUGGCCGACUUCAUGAAGUUGGAGUCUCCGCACGUGGCUACUCUGCAGGACAGCAGGGUCCUGGUGGGGCGAGAGGUUGGGAUGACCACCAUCCAGGUAUUGUCCCCACUGUCUGACUCCAUCCUGGCAGAGAAGACUGUGACCGUGUUGGAUGACAAAGUGUCAGUGACUGACUUGGCCAUCCAGCUUGUGGCUGGGCUGUCCGUCACCCUGCACCCUAACAGCAAGGCCAUCACAGCCGUGGCCACAGCGGAGGAGCUACUGCGUGCCCCCAAACAGGAAGCCGUGGUCAGCAUCUGGUUACAGUUCAGCGAUGGCUCAGUGACUCCCCUGGACAUCUAUGACACAAAGGACUUCUCCCUGGCCACCACCUCUUUGGAUGAAGCCAUUGUGUCAGUCCCCCAGGCUCGCUCUCCUAGAUGGCCCAUUGUGGUGGCCGAAGGGGAAGGCCAGGGCCCACUGGUCCGAGUGGACAUGACCAUUGCAGAGGCCUGCCAGAAAUCCAAACGCAAGAGCACCCUGGCCAUGGGUAUCAGCAAUGUCAGGGUCAAGUUUGGACAGAAGGAUGCUGACUCCAGCCCAGCCAGGAAUGACCAUGAGGACGAAAUCAAGAAUCAUGCCAGUGACCGGCGGCUGAAGGGGCAGGACCAGGAGCGCCCAGGCCAGGAUGGGCGCUUCCAUGGCGGCUCUCCCCUGGAGCGUGAGGAAGGCGUCCUGCGGAGAGCCACCACCACGGUCAAGUCACUGCCAGACAAUAAGGUGGUGAAGAGCAGCCGGCUGGACGGGGGCCGGCUGUCAGGAGAGGCCCAGCUGCACAAUAUCCCGAUUGACUUCAGCAACUUCCCGACCCAUGUGGACCUCCCCAAGGCUGGCGGUGGCGGGCUGCAGGAGAAUGACCUGGUGCAGACUGCCCGGGGCCUGAGUGACCUGGAGAUCGGCAUGUAUGCCCUCCUGGGCGUCUUCUGCCUGGCCAUCCUCGUCUUCCUCAUCAACUGUGCCACCUUUGUCCUCAAGUACAGACAUAAGCAGGUGCCCCUGGAGGGCCAGGCCUCUGUGACCCACUCCCAUGACUGGGUUUGGCUGGGCAAUGAGGCUGAGCUCUUGGAAAACAUUGCAGACGUGUCACCGCCCCAGGACGAGCACACCACCAUCAUAGACCGCGGGCUGAGGGGCUGCGAUGAGAGCAACCACCUGCUCCACAAUGGCAGCUCUCAGAAGCAGGUGCCAGGCCAGGUGCAUAGGCCAGCAGGCUCCCAGGGGUCCCUGCACUCACCCACUGCCAAGCGGAAGAAGGUCAAGUUCGCCACCUUUACCACCAUCCCACCUGAUGACAGUUGUCCCACAGUGAACUCCAUCCUGGGAGGCAACGAGGAGGACAUCAAAUGGGUGUGCCAAGACCUGGACGUGGGUGCCCCUAAGGAGCUCAGAAACUAUCUGGAGAAAUUCCAAGACAAGGCAUAG